AUGGAGAGAAACAUCUACAGUUUUCUCCUCAUCCACCUCCUCUUCUCCGUCAUCCCUGCUCUCCAGUAUGCGGAAGCUUCAAGCGUGAUCAUUUCAAAGGUUGUCCACGUCCGUUUUCUAAAGACCUGGUUGUCUGCUCGGUACUACUGCAGACGUUACUACACUGACCUGGUCACCAUGAGAAACACAAGGGAGGCUGUCAAGCUUGCACCAUAUAAUGGCUGGAUCGGUUUGUAUCGACAGGCUUCAGAUGGUGUAUGGAAAUGGUCCAGAGGAGAUGAGAAUGCGAGCAAUGUCAUUUGGGAUUAUGAUGAACCAGACAGUGGUGAGGAUUGUGUUUUGAAGUAUAUGUCAUAUGAAACACUGGAAAGCGAUAAUUGCUCUCAUCUCCACUAUGCCCUGUGUACCGAUGACAGACUGAUUCUUGUCCAGGAGAUGAAGACAUGGGAGGAGGCCUUUCAGCACUGUAAAAAGCUGCAGUACAACCUUGCCAGCUUUUCAGAUGCAGAUAACGCUGUCUUGGACAGGGAGACAAUAGGACAGAGUGCAACCACUGAUGAGGUAUGGGUCGGAAUGCGUUUCCUGGCUGGCGAGUGGUUGUGGAUGGGUGGACAAACAGUGAGCAGCUCCUACCUUCCUCACUGUCCUGCCCAUCAGCAGCACUGCGCUGCCCUGGUUCACAAUGACACACAAUGGAAGAUAAUGGAUUGUGCUGAGAAAAGGAACUUUCUGUGCUACCAAAACAGUAAAUACUGGGGGUAGUAUCAUUUUUAAAUCUAUAGAGUCAAAGUCAUGAAAACAGAAAUAUGAUUGGUGAUGUAGCCUAACAAACUGAGCUCAGGAGGAGAUAUGGAGGAAAAUAUUAUGGAUGGAAGGAGAUAAAACAUCAACUUUACUGUGUGUUCUUUUGAUAAAAUUAUGCGUUCUCCUGAAUGAAUGUUUGCUUUAUCUGAAGAAAUAUUUGAUGAGGGUGAAAGUGCUUUCAGUCAAAUUAGUAAAUUAGUCGUGCAAGAAGAUGGAGACUACAACAAAUGUUUUUUUAAACAUUUUUUUUAUCCCUAUCCAUGUAGUUUUAGUUGUUUGACUUUUAGCAUAGAAGCUGUCACACAAUGCUCAUAUGGUUAAUUUUAGAGAGCACUGACAAAUUACCUAUUUUGUUUAGGAACAAGGUCUUUUAUUAUAAAUUCUACAAAUCAAUACUUUAAGUAAGACAUAAAUCUUUAUAAAUUCAUGACAUAGGCCUAAAAUGACAAAUUUAAUUUCACUCCAAGCACUGAUUUGAUACCUUUGUACUCUGAGCUAAACUCCAGUUAAAGCUGUGAAAGUUUCUCAGAAUGUGACCCUGCAGUACAAUGUACGUGUGUUAAACUUUUGAAGAAUAUCAAAGUUGUUUUUCUUUCUUUUUGAGAGAGAGAGAGAGAGAGAGAGAGAGAGAGAGAGAAUCCAAAACUUAAUAAAAAUCAGGAAUAUAAACAAAUCUUUAUGAUUGUCAGAAAUCAGUAACAAAAGCCAUUGUUGUUUGUUUUGUCUGUCCUUGUUCUGAAAGAUGAUCUGUCAGUCAAUGUGGGACUGUGUUUUGACUUUUAGAGUUCUCUUUGUUUGCAUUCAUAUGAUGUACCUUUAAGUAACUGAUGUAACUUGAAUACAUUAUGUUUUGUUGAAAC